CCAGGCCGUGCUGUGCACGCGCAAGGAGUGGGGCUAACCCUGCCUGCGCGCGUGCGCGCGGCGGCUCAGAGCGCGCGGCCCUCGUGGGCUCCGAGUCAGUUCCAGCGGCGGCCGCGGCCGAGCGCUCCCCCUCCCCCCACCCUUCGGGCCCAACCAGGCCCAGGUCCCGGCCCCACGAUGCCCAUUUUACUGUUCCUCAUAGACACGUCCGCCUCCAUGAACCAGCGAACUUACCUAGGCACUAGCUACCUGGACAUCGCCAAGGGCGCCGUGGAGAUCUUCAUGAAGCUCCGGGCCCGGGACCCCGCCAGCCGCGGAGACAGGUACAUGCUGGUGACGUUCGACGAGCCGCCCUACGGCAUUAAGGCUGGUUGGAAAGAAAACCAUGCGACUUUCAUGAAUGAGCUGAAGAAUCUUCAGGCAUCAGGGCUCACCACCCUCGGGCAGGCACUGCGGACAUCCUUUGAUUUGUUAAAUCUGAACCGCUUAGUUUCUGGGAUAGAUAAUUAUGGUCAGGGAAGGAAUCCUUUUUUUCUUGAACCAUCUGUUAUAAUCACCAUCUCUGAUGGAAGCAAGAUGACAAAUAACAGUGGAGUGCAAGAGGAGCUUCACCUGCCAUUAAAUUCCCCCUUACCUGGCAGUGAAUUAACAAAAGAGCCAUUCCGUUGGGAUCAGAGGUUGUUUGCGCUGGUCCUUCGUCUCCCCGGUGCUUCAUCUCUCGAAGCAGAGCAACUUGGCAGUGUACCUUCAGAUGAGUCUGCAGUAACCCAAAUGUGUGAAGUAACAGGAGGUCGGUCCUAUUGUGUCCGUACGCAGCGAAUGUUAAACCAGUGCCUCGAGUCCUUAGUACAGAAAGUCCAAAGUGGAGUGGUUAUUAAUUUUGAAAAAACUGGACCAGAUCCAACACCAGUUGGAGACGAUGGUGUUGUUGACCCACCUCGAGCAACCUCUUUAUUUCCCCCUCAAGCUUGGCAUAGCUGUCACAAGCUGAUUUAUGUGCGACCCAACCCCAAGACCGGAGUACCUGUUGGACACUGGCCAAUUCCUGAAUCUUUCUGGCCAGAUCAAAACUCCCCCACACUGCCUCCACGAACUGCUCACCCUGUUGUACGCUUCUCCUGUGCUGAUUGUGAACCAAUGGUCAUUGACAAAUUGCCCUUUGAUAAAUAUGAACUUGAACCUUCACCUUUGACUCAGUACAUUCUAGAACGCAAAUCACCUCACACCUGCUGGCAGGUAUUUGUGAGCAGUAGUGGAAAAUACAGUGACCUGGGUCAUCCAUUUGGUUACCUGAAGGCGAGCACAACAUUAACCUGUGUGAAUCUGUUUGUUAUGCCUUAUAACUACCCAGUGCUGCUACCACAACUUGAUGAUUUGUUCAAAGUGCACAAACUGAAGCCAAAUAUGAAAUGGCGCCAAACUUUUGAGAAUUACUUGAAGACCAUGCCUCCCUAUUAUCUGUUGCCAUUGAAAAAAGCUCUGCGGAUGAUGGGAGCUCCCAAUUUGAUCAAUGACAAUAGCAUCGAUUGUGGGCUCAGUUACAGUGUCAUUUCUUACCUCAAGAAACUCAGCCAACAGGCCAAAAUAGAGUCCGAUCGUAUAAUUGCAUCUGUUGGGAAAAAGAGCCCACAAGAGUUGGGAAUCAAAGUUAAAAACCAGUCUAGUGUUCUGUCUCUGGCUCAUCGCAGAGACUUCAAGCAGCUCCUGCAAGGAAUUUCUGGGGAAGUGCCCCUCAGGCCCAUGGAACUAAAUAUGAAGGAGUUUGCUGGCUUUCAGAUUGCAAUCCUAAACAAGGAUGUUAAGCCUCAGACUUAUAGGAAUGCCUAUGAUAUUCCUCGCCGGAGCUUGUUAGACCAACUAACAAGAAUGAGAUCAAAUCUGCUGAAAACAACCCAGAAACUGAUCCGUGGGCAGGAUGAAGAUUAUCUGCACAGUAUUCCUGUGGCACAGAUGGGUAACUAUCAAGAAUACCUGAAACUUAUGCCAUCGCCUCUUCGUGAGAUUGAUCCAGACCAACCCAAACGGCUCCAUACGUUUGGCAAUCCCUUCAAGCAGGACAAGAAAGGAAUGAUGAUAGAUGAGGCGGAUGAGUUUGUGGCAGGACCACAGAACAAGGUGAAACGGCCUGGCGAAUGCAAUACACCUGGAUCACUGAAGAGAAGGCGUAGUAUGUCACCAUUACUACGGCGACCUCAGACUCCACCUAUCAUCAAUCACACUGGAGGAAAGGGGCCUCCUUCAUGUCCAAGUCCAGGAACUCAACCCCAACCCAAUAUUGUAAAGCAUGCCACAGUCCAUAAAGAUAUGAAUAGCAUUCCAUUGGUCGAUGCGAGUGGAGAGAAGAGGAUGGAUGACUGGCAACCAUCAGAGAGAUUAGCUGAAGAUGUUCCAGUAAUGUCUCCAACAGAGGGACCUGCGUCAACAUCCUCUUCUGCAAUGGAAAACCUGUUGCCCAGUGACUUUCAGGCUGUCUCCGAGCUCAAUCACGUGGCUGAGGACGUACUUGAUCAUAAGCUUGGGACAGAUACGGUUAUGAGAGACUCGGUGGAGAGCCCAUCUGAGACUGAUGAUGAAACAGAUGUGGCAGUAGAAAACAAUCCAGGCUUAUCCUUUGCCAUGUCUGACAGAUUGCAAGUUCACCCAGUGGUGGAGGGUAACAAUGCUGAACUCAGGAUUAGAGUCAUGAAGGAGAUUCGCAAACCUGGUCGAAAUUAUGACAGACUUUUCAGGUUACUGGAGGAUAUACAAGGACCUUUAGAAAUUCAGAGGAAUUUUAUUCAGAAUACUAUCAAAGAAGCUGCCAGGUUUAAAAGACGAGUGUUAAUCCAGCAACUAGAAAGAGUACUGGAAGAUGUUGUUUCCAGGUCUUUGUCAACACAGAUCAACCAUGUCAACAGCAGAUAGUCCAACUGGAGCACUAUGGACCAACGAUGUACUUCCCUGUCAAUCUGUGUACUGUGCAUGAACACUGUUAACUUGCUCGCUUUACCCAUCCUGUCACUCCAGUGGCAUUAGCUUCUCUUGGGAAAAGCAUCGUAGAGCAACACCACGAUAACAAGGCCUGUGAACAGAGCCCCUGUUGGAUUGUUGAAGUGUUUACCAAAUUGUGGUGACUGUUGCUUUCGGGAAAAAGACCUGGUAAGCUUUAGAGGUGGGGGAAAAAUCAACUAAUGUCCACAAUCCUCCUCUUUUUAAGCUGAUCUUCAGCUUGUUCUUGUGGAAGCUUUUGUCUAGGGACUUCUGCGUUCAUAGUUCAUAAAUUGUGCCAUUUUUGUUUUGGCACAUUAACCACACACUGGGGGAGAAAAUGUGAGUAUUUUAUUUAACAGGCUAAAAGUUAAAUAUGGGGAGGAAACCAUCUACCUCAGACUCACUUUAUUGUUUUGUCUGCAGACUUGUUGAAGGUUCACUUGUGGCUAAUUCCUCCCAAGUUGUAUUACAGCCUGUAAGGAGGAUACUGUCUGACUGAGUGCACUUUCCACAAUGUGCUUAGGAAGCACUGAAGUGGAUAUGGAACAUAAUGACCUUUUUAUUGUUCAUACAAGAGGAAUUAUUUUUGAACUACGUUGUUACAAUAAAACACCAAAUUGUCAUAUUUUAAAGUGUGAGGUAACUUUUGUAACUUCUAUCUAUUAAAAAUAAAUACAGUUUAUCAUGAACUUUUUUAUUUACACGUGAAAA